AUGAUCGCAGACAGAUUGGCGGUUUUUCCAACGUCCAGUUCGUAUACAAGUAUAAAAUGCCAUUUGGUCUGCGCACGCAGAGGCCGCGAUUUACUCGCAAAACGGGUAGACGGUCUCUUGAUACGAUUUCGCGCGAUUGCGUGGCAAUUACUCAGGAGCAAAUUACAACUCGGCGAAGUCAUGAGGAACGCGGCUUUCUCGUUGGUCCACGUUAAUUACGCGACAGGUGGAGUAAACGAGCUGGUCCUGCAGGCAGUCGACAAGGCCAGAACCAGAAUUCAAUCGAGACAGGAGAUGAUCGGUGGAAUUCGACUGUGGAUUUACGAGGCCUUCCGCAAUGGCGCCGAUCCCUUCGAAUUCACCGGAUUAGCCAGGGGUGGUCAACAAGUUAUUAUCACGCGUUAUACAAUAUUGAACGACGACGCGCGUAAUAAUCGCUUUAACCUUACCAACGGUGAACCGGUCGCUGCUAGUUGA